CCCAUCCCCGGAUUCCCCGGGCGCCAGACGUCCAGCGCCUGCUGCGAUCCUGCGACUGCACGCGCUACGCCUGCCAUAGCACACUCGAUCCUCUUCUGUUCGUCUUCCGCGGCACCACGGAACGAGGCUGAUACGCGCGAACGAGCGACCCGCACAUUCUCAAACAAACGAAGAUCGCAACGGUGCGGCCGGCGCGUGCGAUAAACAAGUGACACACGAUUAUACGUGCGGCAUGGCAUCUCAGGUUACGGUUAGGAUCAACAAGGGAGACUCCCCGAAUUUAGGGUUCCGGCUGCAGGGCGGCAAGGAUUUUGCUACGCCGCUGGUUAUUCAAAAGUUAACUGUAUACGAAAAGGAAAGAUUGAAGAAUUCCACGGGGAAUAAAAAGAAAAAAGGCAACACGUACAUGUUGGAAUUCCUCAGAGAAGACGUGACAGACAAUUUCACUGUAUACAUCGCCUUAAAGAUAAACUGA